AUGACCGCGGAUGUGGAUCUGGCUUUGAAAUUAAAAAAUGUGGAGCCCCCAAGCUCCCCGUGUGCCGUGUCCCCCAGGGCAGCUGUGCCGGCUCUGUUCGCGCUGGCGCUGCGGGGCCCGCUCUGGUUGCCCGCGCUCCUUUACGGGCUCUGGCUGCUGGCGGACCGGGACACUCCCCGCCGCGGGGGGCGCCCUUGCGCCUGGGUGCGGGCCUGGCCCGUCUGGCGUCACUUCCGGGAUUAUUUCCCCGUCUCGCUGAUCCGCACAACACCGCUGAACCCCCGCAGAAAUUCCAUUUUCGGCUUCCACCCACACGGGGUCCUGGCCGCGGGGGCGUUUGGGAAUUUCUGCACCGAGGCCACCGGGUUCGGGGCUCUGUUCCCGGGGCUGCGGCCGCACCUGCUCACCCUGCCCUGCUGGUUUGGUGUCCUCAGAACCCUCCAGCCUGGAGCAUUUGCUGUCCCAGCCCAGGGGGGGCGAGGUCGCCGUGAUCGCCCUGGGGGGACCCCCCGAGUCCCUGGAGGCGCAGCCAGGGGCGCUCAGGCUGCAGCUGCUCAGCAGGAUGGGAUUCGUCAGGAUUGGCCUCAAAUUUGGGUCUUUUGCCAGGUGUCCUGGCACCACCACCUGGGCUGCAAUAUCCCUGGGGCUGUGCAGUUUUGCUGCACGCUCUCAUUGUACAGCUUACCAAAACGCUUCUCACCAGUGGGGACCCCACCAAGCACGUGUGAAAGGGAUCACCAGGGGCUGUCAUAGAGAUGCACACAGGAUCAGUGUGAGCAGCAUUUGCAGGGUGAUCCAUACGUUUGUGCCAGCCAGUGUAGGGGGUAAGACACUUGCAGUGCUUUCAUCAAUCAGGAUGAUGCAACAAAUGGUUGCACACACUGUGAAGUAACCCAUUUCACAUGGUGACCUGUGGAGACACAAGCAUAAUCACUUUCCCCACAUUAACAAGUCCACAGGUCCUGCCCACUGCCCUGUUACUGGGUCCUUUACCAUCACCAGAGCCAGGGACAAGCCUUUGUAUCAAAAGAAUAUUGCCUUUCACUUGCUGUUUGGCCAGCUUCAUCUCGAUUCAGAAAACUGAGAACAUACAGGGCUUUUGCUAACCUGUCAGUGUGGGCACUCCAACUCCCCCUUCUUCUGUUUUUCAAGCAUGGUUUUUAAUGUUCUGUGGGCAUGUUCAACAUAGUGAGAUACACCAGUGGGAUAAUGAGGGAUACCUGUGUUGUGGGAGACAUCCCAUUGUUGCAAGAACUGGGGAUUCUGUUCAGAAGCAUAGCAGGGCCUUUGUCUGAUUUAACAGUGUCUGGAAGGCCCAAAGCAUGUGAGCCAAUGCUGAGUAACAUCAUGAGCCUUUUAUCCUGUGUGGGGUUGCAAUUAAAACACAUGAGAAAGUGUCAACAGUUACAUGAACUUCUUAUAAACUACCAGAUUCUGCAGCAUGACUAACACCAGUUUGCCAGGUAGAAUUGGCAGUCAGACCUCGAGGACUGACAUUUUCUGCCAAAGGAGCAGGAGCAACUCCACAGCAAGAGGGACAUGAAAGCAGAAUGUCAUGAGCUUGCAAGGAGGUUAAUUGAAAUUGCUUCUGUAGAGAGGGUUCAUUUUGGUGAAAAAAGUAAAGAGAUAGCUUAGCCUGAGCAAACUUCUUAGGUACAACAUUUGUCAUGGUAGUGAGAUCUGCUCAAUUAUUACCUUCCACAAUAGAUCUGGGUAAACGUGUAGAAGAACGAACAUGUAGCACACAAAAGCCAUCAGUUGUUAAUCAAAAGCCAUAGCUUUCACAACUCUAAAUAAAAGAGGGUUAUCAACAUAUCACACAUACGAGGAGUCCAGACACAAAACUACAUUAGCAGCAUGUGCAGAAUCACUUACAAUAUUGAGCAGUUCUAGUGAAAACAACUGAAAAGCAUAGCAGAUAGUGGCUAACUCCAAGAUUUGCACUGAAGCAUUUGGCCAUCUAAGAACCCUUUUAUGCCAUUGGGCACAGUCACCCUUACACCAUACUACUGCAGCUUUGCUGGUUCUGCUGGAUGCAUCUGUAAAAACAGUCAUUCCAUCCAUGGGGGUCAAACUGCAGCAGUGUUUCACAUGGAAGGGGAGGCCAUCCACCUCUGUCCACAGCUGAUGUGAAGGAUAGUGAAUAGACAAUUGUCCUGAAAAGUCUGCAAGUGCAAUCUGAAAGUUAGUGUCCUCUGACAGCAACCAUGACAAGUUUUCUUUGUUCACAGGCACAUCGAUUACAUGUGGAUCCUGGCCACUGAGCGCCUGCGGCCGCUCACAGCCUUUCAUGAUGAGCUGUGCAAACAUCUCACUGACAGUCCAUACAGUCUUUGUCACUGUAUGAGGUAAAAAUCACCACACUGAUAUGUGUAAGGGAUCACUGUCAUCAGCAAACCACUGAAACAAGACUGCAAGUUGUUGAAAUUUACUACUUAUUGUAGUAAGGGCAAUG